AGCUGCUGUCGUCCCAGAAGUGUUCACUGAAAUCACCCUCUGUACCGAUAGAUUACCAAAAUCAAGUCAUCUGGUAAGUAGAAGCCUUGAUUUCAAGCCCAUUUAAUCGCGUCUCUCUCAGUCGGAGCGCGUUUCCUUUCACAUUUCAUUGUUCGAGAUGAUGUCUGGACCCUCGAAUCCAUGAUGAAAGUGCUAUGUCAUCAUCCCCUGUGAACGUUAACUGCCAUUUUCUGCGGUGUUUGUCAUACCUCCCAAUCUCGUGUGUACUCCAAGAUUCACAUUCCCACGCCAACUUACGAAGAACGCAGUAAAUACUGCUCCUUCGAUCUCAACACGAACCAAGAAGUAUAAUACAAGAGUGAAAAAUGAACAACCAGCAGCCCCAGUCCCCUCCCCGUCAUUGGCAUGGCACCGUCGGUGACCGCUACGAGCACCACAAUGUCUGGGUGCGCGGCGGUCCUCCUCAGGCCUACCGUCGUCCGUCGAUUCCUACUACCACCGAGGCCACUGCUGCUAGACCUGACAUUACCGACAGACGUGGCUCCAAUUCAUCAGACAUGUCUUCUAACUCAGCCAACGCGAGCAACAGCCCUCCUAGUAUUGGAGAUAGGAGACGGUCGAGUGGCCACGGCCCGUCGAGCCUGUUCGAAAGUCUGACCAGCCAGAAGCGCAGCUCUACGGACCAGAAUCUCAACACACGCCGCGAAAGCUGGAACGAGCAGGGACAGCAGGGCGGAUUUUUCUCAAAGUGGUGGGAUGGAUAUACGAGAGGUAAUAAAUAGCCCCAUGUAGUCAUUUUUAUGAUGCGUCGCUCGUUUUGAAUAUGCAUCAAAAGAUAAUGGAGGAUCAUUAAAACUGCGAUUUGGGAAUUCGAAUGAGAAGAACAGAUCGGAAGUGAGAUAUGAUGACAAAGUGGGUUGCUUGUACGUAUGAAGUUCAGUUACGAAACGUCAAUGAAAAUGGUG